CUGAGUUAACCACUAGUCCGCCUGGUUGCGGUCAGACUCGGGAGGAACCAAACCAAAUGUGUCCGUCCAACACAGCUCACCUCCCCUUCCAUGGUCGGACGACUGGUAUUUAAAUGAUCCAUUCCCCUCCUCCCCGUCAGUACUUGCUUCUGGACCUCAUCGAGCAUCCAUCAAUUUAAAAGUUGCAGAUAUUCCAAGGAGCCUCAAAUCUCCUUGCUUGAUACGAUAUAAUCAAAUCUUUUGGAGUAGUAUUCUAUACAUACUGAGUACAACGGCCGCGCAUAUAUCAUUGCCACACGCACAUCUGAAACACAUACCAACCAUGUCUGACAUCAACGGAAAAGCGCCUGCUCACCCGGUGGGUCCCAGUACAUCGGCACGCUCUGGCCUGGUCAACGUGCAACCGGCUCGCUUGGAAGACCUGCAGCCCAAGUACGCUCAACAAAUUCAGCACAGCGAGGACAACCCGGAUGCGCAUGGCUGGUACGCAGGCUUCAUUCAUGGACUAGGAGAGUUUAUUGGAUGCCUGGGUGCCAUCCCAUGCUGCUUCUGCUGUCCUAAUCCCUUCAAGCCGGUGGCGCAAGGUGAAGUCGGGUUGAUCACAAGAUUCGGACGAUUUGAACGGGCGGUUGAUCCUGGCCUUGUCAAGGUGAACCCUCUGAGUGAGCACCUUACAGCUGUGGACGUCAAGAUUCAGAUUGUGGAAGUGCCUCGUCAAAGCUGCAUGACAAAAGACAAUGUCAAUUUGAACCUGAGCUCCGUUAUCUACUAUCAGAUUGUAUCACCCCACAAGGCUGCCUUCGGUAUCUCCAACAUUCGACAAGCGCUCGUAGAGCGCACGCAAACCACCUUGCGUCACGUCAUCGGAGCUCGAGUGCUGCAAGACGUGAUCGAGCGGCGUGAAGAAAUCGCUCAAUCAACUUCCGAGAUCAUCGAGGACGUGGCCUCUGGAUGGGGUGUCGCGGUCGAGUCGAUGCUUAUCAAGGAUAUUAUCUUCAGCAAUGACCUGCAAGACUCGCUUUCUAUGGCUGCGCAGUCCAAGCGUAUUGGUGAGAGUAAGGUUAUUGCUGCCCGGGCUGAAGUCGAGUCGGCCAAGCUUAUGCGUCAGGCCGCCGACAUCUUGUCUUCUGCUCCUGCUAUGCAGAUUCGUUACCUUGAGGCCAUGCAGGCUAUGGCCAAGACCGCCAACAGCAAAGUCAUCUUCCUACCCGCAAUGAACCAGACUAUGCAACAGCAAUUAGCUGCAGCGGAAAAUGCCGGCGAGGGGCCGAGCCGAUAUGGACAACAGCCUGAAGACGACGGUUUUCAGCGUGCAAUAAACGCACGUGUAGUCGAGGACAUCUAAGCUUCACCCGAUUAGUUUGCGCAAUCAGGUGAGAGCUUGGUUUUUGACUUGAUGAGUUCUGGAGGAUGCCGCAUGAUUUGACAUCGUCCACGACGUCCUAUAGGGCGAUAUGACUGCUGCUGCGCUGUGCUUUAUCACACAAAAUGCUGCAGUUUGCAUUUUUUUGUGGCUGACUAUGACGAUACCCACCUUCGUUUUUGCUUCUGCUUAUGAUACUCCCGGGGCGUUUGACGUUUCUUUGUCGAAUAGUUUUGCCUCGCUUUUCUGGACCUGGACCUGAUAAUUAUAUCGUGCUCAGAAUGAGUAUGUCUUGAGAUUCUAUACUGCAC